UCGUACAAUACAACGAUAUGGAGCGUGCAAAUUGUUUCAAUAUAAAUAGUAGCGGUAGCCGGGGUUGGGCAGUUGUGAUUUGAAUCCUAUCAAUUACACACGCAUUAAAAUGGCAGCCAAGUUCGCCGUAUUCGCCCUCCUCGCCGUCGCCGCGCACGGCAGCGCCAUCCACGGCGUGGACCAGUCCAGCUUCUCGUACGGAGUGCACGACCCGCACACCGGCGACGUGAAGGGCCAGCACGAGACCCGGCACGGGGACAGCGUGGUCGGACAGUACUCCCUACUGGAGUCCGACGGCACCCGCCGCGUCGUCGACUACGCCGCCAACCCCCACACCGGCUUCAAUGCCGUCGUGCGCAAGGAGCCCGUCGGCCACGCCGUCGUCGCUCCCGUUGCCUACGCGUCUCACGCCGCUCCCGUGGCUUACGCCGCUCACGCCACCCCUGUCGCCUACGCCGCUCACGCCGCCCCCGUCGCCUACUCUGGAUACGGUGCCUACGGAGCGUCCGCCUACGCCGCUCCUCUGGCCUACAACUCUCACGCCACCUACGCCGCCCCUCUGGCCCAUGGUGCUGUCGCCUACGGAGCUCACGCCACCCCCCUCGCCUACGGUGCCUACUCUUCUCCCCUCGGAUACUCUUCUCUGGGAUACGCCAAAUACUACCCUUCAAAGCUUUUAGAACACGUUGUAUUCGUCCAUGCUAGUAUAAAUACUAGGCAAUAUUUCACGAUAACGCAUUCUCAGUUUGUCAUUCAGACUAAAAAUAUCAAAAUGGUUGCUAAAUUCGCAGUACUCGCCCUCCUAGCCGUCGCCGCCCACGGCAGCGCGGUGCACGGCGGCAACUACAACAGCUUCUCGUACGGAGUUCACGACCCGCACACCGGCGACGUGAAGAGCCAGCACGAGACUCGGCACGGGGACAGCGUGGUAGGGCAGUACUCGCUGCUGGAGGCCGACGGCUCGCGCCGCACCGUCGACUACGCCGCUGACGCGCACUCCGGCUUCAACGCCGUCGUGCGCAAGGACCCCGCCCUGGUCGCCCACACUCCCGUCGUGGCUCACGCCGCGCCUGCCGUCUAUAGCGCUCACGCCGCUCCUCUGUCGUACGCUGCUGUCUCACCCCUGACUUACGGAGCUCACGCCGCGCCCCUCGCCUACGCGUCUCACGCCGCGCCCCUCGCCUACGCGUCUCACGCCGCUCCUCUCGCCUACGGAGCGUACGCCGCCCCUGCUGUCUAUGGUGCCCACUUGGGAUACUCCAAACUGUACUAAACCAUGAUUAUACUGUAUGAUUUAACAAGAUAAAAAGAUGUGCGCUGUGAUAAUAGGAUUGUAAAUAUAAACGAAAAACAAUACCUA